AUGGACCUCCAGUCGUUGCGGCGAUUUUGGGGGCAGUGGGAGAUCCGUGUGCUGCUCAUCGUCAGCCUGUGGCUGCAGAUCUUCCUCCUGUUGGCCGGCGGCUUGCGCAAGCGCAGUGUCACCACCUGGCUGCGCAUGCUUCUGUGGCUGGCCUACCUGCUCGCGGAUUCCAUCGCCAUCUACACGCUGGGUAACCUGUCGCAGAACCAGAAGCACAGCGGCUCUCUUGACCAAGAGAUGCAUCUGUUAGCCUUUUGGGCUCCCUUCCUCAUCCUGCACCUCGGUGGCCAGGACACCAUCACCGCGUUCGCCAUCGAGGACAACGAGCUGUGGCUUCGCCACCUGCUGAGCCUCGUCUCUCAGGUUGCUCUCGCGGUGUAUGUGUACUGGAAAUCUCGGCCAACCGGCGCCGGCCUCCUGAUACCGGCGAUCAUUAUGUUCGUGUCAGGUGUCAUCAAGUACGGCGAGAGGACGUGGGCGCUCAAGUCGGCGAGCAUGAGCAGUUUCCGGAGCUCGUUGCUGACGCCGCCGGAUGCUGGACCCAGCUACGCCAAGUUCCUCGAGAUGUACCAGUCGGCCAUUGAUUCGGGCCUGCACGCCCAUAUCGUUAUCGUGCCGGAAGAGCCCUGCGACGGUGGCGUGCAAGUCGAAGAAGAGAGGAUCCGGUACCGGGAUCUUGUUUACACGUCGUACAAGUUCUUCGAGACCUUCCGGCGACUCUUCGUGGACUUGAUCCUGAGCUUCCAGGAUCGCGCCGACAGCCUCGCCUUCUUCCGGAAGCUCAAGAUGGAUCAGGCGUUCAAGGUGGUUGAGAUCGAGCUGAUGCUCAUGUACGAAUCCUUCCAUUCCAAGUGCGUGGUGAUCCAUGGCCCAGUUGGCCGCAUCCUCCGUGUGUUCACUCUCGCGGCGCCAGCGGUGUCGCUGGUGGUCUUUGCAGCGUGGGAGGACAAGCGAGGUUACAAGAAGGUCGACAUUGUCAUCUCAUAUGUGCUCCUGGGAGGUGCUUUUUUGCUGGAGACUUACGCGAUCCUCCUGAUGAUCGUUUCUCCAUGGAGCUAUGUCUACAUGCGAGACAAGCAGGGAGAUGGUUGGUCAGCAAGGGCGGACAAACUGUUUGGCUGGCUAAGUUUCUUCCAGCCGGAGAGAAGGCCGAGGUGGUCAAACCAGAUGGCGCAGUACAACUUGCUAACCUACUGUCUCAAGGACAAACCUCGAUGGUACACAAGAGCAAUGGAGGAGUUGGAGUGGAAGCACAACAUCCGUCUCAAGACGAUGUGGGACAGCUUCUGGUACACAAAUCACACGGAUGUGUCCUUGGUACUCAAAAAUCUCAUCUUCCAGCAGCUCAAGGAGAAGGCAAACAGCACAUCAGAUCCAUUGAGCUACCGUCAGUUUGGCGAGCACCGUGGGCAGUGGAUACUCCAGCGCAACGGCUGCUACCAGCAACUUGGGUGGAGCGUUGAGCUAGAGUUCGACGAGAGCAUGCUCCUGUGGCAUAUAGCUACGGACUUGUGCUACUACGGCGAGCGUAGAGAUAAUCACGACUUCAGCGAGAGCGACGGCGCCACCUCUGGAGGCUGCUUCUGGUCCUACGAGGAUUUCAAUGGUCUGUGGAGCUUCAUCGAGGUGGAGUAUCGUCCAUUGCAAUCACUGAGCAAGCAGAUCUCGAAUUACAUGCUCUUCCUUCUUGUGAUGCGGCCUUUCAUGAUGACGGCCACCAUCGGGCAGAUCCGCUUUGGUGACACCUGCGCCGAAGCCAAAAACUUUUUCCACCGAGGGGCCGACGACGACCUCACUGAGGUACAGGGAGCGGAGAUGCUUUCCGCUGUGCAGACCAACAACAUCAGGCCGCGGGACGUAAAAGGGGACAGGAGCAAGUCUGUGUUGUUCGACGCGUGCCGGCUGGCGGAGGUGCUACGGAGCCUGCAUCCCCAGGCGAAGCGAUGGAGGGUCAUUUCUGGCGUUUGGGUGGAGAUGCUGUGCUAUGCCGCCGGCAAGUGCCGGGGCAACUUCCACGCCAAGCAGCUAAGCCAGGGAGGAGAGUUGCUUACCGUCGUGUGGUUGCUCAUGGCGCACUUCGGUAUUGGGGAGCAGUACAGAGUAGAGUCUGGCCAUGCUAGGACCAAGAUCGUCAUUGAAACCUGA